AUGGUAGAGUUUGCCAUUAACAACUCGAUGCAUGCGUCCACGACACAUACACCGUUUUACGUGAAUGGCUUGCGCCAUCCGCGUGUACCCACCUUACUAGAGUGUGACUCUGGUUUAAGGGGGGGAGGGACUCGCGCGAGCAAAAACCGAAUUGGUUCACGCUCAUCACGCUCUGACGAAGAAGUCAUUGCGUUUGAUGCCGAUAUCGAUAACAUCGAUAUCGAAGAAGAUGAUGCCAGUGAGAGUGCGGAAGCCCUCACUGAAGAAGAUGAUCCCAGUGAGAGUGCGGAAGCCCUCACUGAAGAAAAGGUUCAUUUUGCUGCAGUGCGCUCACAGCACACUGAAGCUAACGAGUCAUCAGAUGAGUUCAUACUGGCUCGUGAAACGGUAGUUCGUUUCGUGCAAGACUCCAUCGCCGAAGCGGUGGAUAAGCAAAAGCAAAACGCUGACAAGAAUGGAAGGGCAAACACUCUUUUAUUCAAUAAAGAUGACUUAGUCCUACUGUCUACGGUUAAUCUACCAAAGCAUGUAGUGACUAACUUGGGUAGCAGUAAACUACUACCCAAGUACAUCGGCCCAUUUCGUGUAUUGCACCGCCUAGGCAAUGCAUACACGAUCGAGUUGCCACGUAAGAUGCGAACGCAUCCCACGUUUUACGUUGGUCGGCUUAAGCCGUACCAUCAGUACGCUGUUUCUUUUGAUCAAGAACGCCCUUGCGUUCAAGCAUCUCGCAGAGAGCCUUGUGCUCCCGAUGGUGGGCAUCGACAACGGUCUGAAGAGCAGUUAUCUCGGCCCGAGACCGAUCAGCAAUCCCACGAGCUACCCUUAGCUCGUCACGAAGAGAUGUCAAAGAUCUCUCGUUCUCAAGCUGAGCAAAGGCAAACUCAGCUCGAUUUUUCAAGACAGUGUCCGCUAUUUGGAGACGCCUAUCUCGCUCAUGCUCGAGAUCGUCGCGUAACCCUUGCGUUACGCGAUCAAAGAAGCUCUCGGGAACACACGGAUCCCCACGAUCGUGUGAAGAGCGUCUUUACUCCUCCUCUACCUCCAUUGGAGGACUCUCGCGGUGGCCAGCGCUAUCUGGUUGAGCGGCUGUUGAACCACCGCGAUGUGAACGGACGUCGGACGAGUUAUCUCGUCCAAUAA